AUGUUUCUCUUAUUAUUAGUAAUACAAUGUAUUGCAAAAACAUCGCUGUUGGAAGAGACCAAUGCCUUAUAUGAGGAGUGGAGACAUAAGGCAUAAAUGUUGGUUACUAGAAUGCCGAUGGAAAUGAUGAGAUAAACAUUAGGAUUAAGAAGUCUAGAUUAGGAUUAGGGGGAUGAGAUUCCUAUGCCUGAGAUUGACAAGAAUUUAAAACAUGUCAGAAUAAAUAGAGUCAUGGAGGAAGCAGGGACUUAACAACCUCCAGCUACUUUGAACACUACAAUCAAUGAAUAUUUAAGAUAAGGGCCACUUUAUCCACUUAAGUGUUAUCUUGGUUAACCUAUUCUAAUCAAUGUGACUUAACAUUAUUGCUUUAAAACAAGAGUCACUCAACAAUAAUAUGAGGAUAUUUCAGCCAACAAUACAGCCAACUGUACCAUUCGAUACCGAUUGCAUUAUGGAUGUUUAUGUCCUCCUGAUUUUUAUGGAGAUUAUUGCAGAUAUUGGAAUCCAAUAGUUUGUGAAAUGGAGCAACCAUCUAAGGAUUGCAAAUUAGUUGUAGACGAAGAUUAUUACAACAAAAAGAUAGAUGGUAAUCCCCCAUGUUAUUAGUUUAAAAGUCGUGAAUUUACAGAGAAUGUCAGAACUGUCUGUUAUAACUAUAUUUAAAGUCAAUUGAAUAGUAGUGUCUUUCAUCCAGAGAAGAAUUACACUGUGAUUUGGAGUAAUUACACCAGAGGGAUCAGUGCAUUGUUACCUCAAUAAUACAAAUACUCAGCUCCUAUUCCUGAUGAUCCCAACGAUCCAUAAUAAUACAUUCAAUUUGCUACAGCAACAGAGGAAGCAGAGAGGGAGUACUUUAAAUAUUAACAGAUUUCAUGCAUUGGAGUAGAAUCAAACACCUUAUGCAGUUCCUUACUCUUCAACAUAACACCGUAUGUAAGAUUCAUCAAUUGGACAUUCUUAUCAGAGUCAGAGACAACUUACAUCGAUUUGAAUUUGACACUCGUCGAGAUGUUAGGAUAAAAAUACUUUUAGGUUCCCAUUAAAAUAAACAAAGGAGAACCAUUGUAUGGCAGAUAUUCAUUAGAAAUUGGAUUAAUCAUACAUCUCUAUGGAUUCAAUGAAUUAUACGCAACGAAUGCAUCCAAUGAGACAGUAGAUAAAGGUCCAAGAGAGUAUUAAACACAAUUGCAACCCAAAAUCUUGUUUUAUGAAGAUGCUUUGUAUGAAGAACCUAUGAGUCCUACAAGAGCAUUAGAUAAAAAUGCAAGAGUUGGAUUGAUCAUUACAAUUAUCAUAUUACUUAUUUCAAUCCUGUUGGUAUACAAGUAUAGGAACACAAUAACUGAAUGCUGCUUUCCUCGUAUAGAUAAAGUAGUACCAGAAUAAUACGGCAAUUAAAAAAGUUGUGUGGAAAAGUGUUGUGAUUGUUUCAAAGGUAAUUAAGCUCGUGAACAAGCCUCUGAGCCUACUCCCUAACAUUAAAACUAAAGCUUAGAAUAAUGA